CUCCCCGCCCCGCCCCGCCCCGCCCCGCGGCGGCGCCUCCCGGAGACCCGGCCGGCGGUGCGCGGCGCGCCCUCCCGAUGGCCGGCUACGAGGUGGUGAGCGUGUCCGGCUUCGAGGAGUUCAGCCGGGCGGUGGAGCAGCACCACGGCAAGACCAUCUUCGCCUACUUUACCGGCUCCAAGGACGCCGGCGGGAAGAGCUGGUGCCCCGACUGCGUGCAGGCGGAGCCAGUCGUGCGAGAGGGGCUGAAGCACGUCAGUGAAGGAUGUGUGUUCAUCUACUGCCAAGUGGGAGAGAAACCUUAUUGGAAAGAUCCAAAUAACGAGUUCAGAAAAAACCUGAAAGUAACCGCGGUGCCUACACUCCUUAAAUACGGAACACCUCAAAAACUGGUGGAAUCCGAGUGUCUCCAGGCCAACCUCGUGGAGAUGUUGUUCUCCGAAGAUUAAGAGUUGAUGAUGACAGUCGUGUCUUGAUUUCCUGAUGUGCUCUGGCAUAAAAGCAGUUGCGUACUUGCUUUGAAUUCAUGUUAGCAAUAAAUAAAUAAAUGAAUGACGAUGUAAAAAAUAGUUUAUGUCUAAACAGUGCUAUUAAAAUGCUCACGAACCCUCA